AGUAUAUCAGUGCCUUAUCUGUGUAAAGUAAUAAAGAAAACGUGCUCGAAUUUCUUCCGGGUUUCGUCACACAACUUUGUUCAAGAUUGAUUAUCAGCUCGAACACCUGGUUCUACAAAAAUAUGAAAUUUUUCAAUUCUUGUGUGGCAUACUUCCACAUUGUGAUAGCGGCACACCUGUUUGGGACAAUAAAUUCGACGCCAAUUUUUGAGAAACUAGUAUCUGGAAGAACGAAGCGAGCAAGCAACAGGAAUUGUGAAGAUUUCGGCUUCAAUGACUGGACAUCAUGGGGACCAUGUUUUAAAAUAAUGGGCCAAUAUAUUCAAAGUCGGUGGAGAACUCGAAGAAUUCCAUAUUCAUUUAAAGGACAGAAUUGUCAGAAGAAUUGGCAUGAAAAAAUUUGUGAUCCACUCGAUAUCGAAAACGUCAUAGGAAGUGAGGUGAAUAGAAAAGUGCAACGUUGCGAUCUCACGAGUUGGACAUCUUGGAGCGAAUGCUAUUUAUACAUGAGAACAAUGGAAAGAGAACGUCACAGAUUUCCUUAUUUUUCUAAAAAUGGAAAGUUGAAAUGUUCGGAAAUUCAAGCCACUGUUUUAGUAGAAUUUGAAGAAUGUAGAAAUGAUUGCGGGUGGACAUCUUGGACGGCGUGCUACAGAUACGGAACAGAAAAAUCGCCAAGCUGGGAAAGAUAUAGAGAAAAUAAAUCUGUAAUGCAUCCAUACAUGUUGUGUCCAGGAAGAUGGGCAGAUUUCCAAGAUUGUGAAUUUUGUGAAUGGUCAAGUUGGAGACCGUGGAGUUCCUGCUAUGAAAUGUCUGGACACCAAGAAAGAAAACGAGAGCGUAGUAGAGUUUCUUCCGAUUCUCGAAGAGGAAAGAAAUGUGUACAAAUGAAUGAUCAUCAUGCUGAAGAAUAUGAAGUGUGCCCAUCAAAGCAUCACGUUGAUAUUGGAUCAUCUAAAGGACAACACAUUGUUACAACACAACCGACAGUUACGGAGAAAAAUUUUCAACUUUAUACACCGGAAGCAACUUAUUCUCGAUGGAGAUGAAGAUUCUCUACAGAAUCCCAAAUAUCGGUUAAAAUAAUAAUGAAUGGCUUCGUAUCUUGAAGAAGAGUUGUGGAUGAAAUGGGUUCAUAAUGCCAUAAACAAUGGUGAGUUCCGAUGAACCCUGUAUACUUACAGUAUACACAAUACAGACAAAUGACCAAUGCUAUUGGCGGAAUAGCAAUACCGAUACAUGACAUUACAGAAUGUGCUGAAUUUGGUAUAUCAGGUUGAACCCACGAGGUAUCAUUUAUCUCAUCAGACAUAUCAGAAUAUAUUAAGCAACUUUUCAUUCGUAUAUUUCUGGCAGUCAGCUGAAAACUAGAAACACAAAAUUGUUAAAUAUUUUAUCGUAUCAACAAAAAAGUUAUAUAAAUAUUUUAAUUUGAGAUUCCUCGUGGUGAAAUUUUUAGUUAUUCAUACAAGUGAGUAGUGAGCGCCAUAACAGUUUAAUUGAAUCCCAAAAGCUUUCUAUCCUCGUUAUUCAUUACUCGAUAAGUGUAUACCAUAUUUUUAUGACUGAUAUUUUUGUCGUUAUUUCAUGGUAUGGAGGUAGUCAAUAUGACGAUGGUGGGAAUGGUAAAUUUAUAUCAGAAUUGCCAUCUGACACAUUUUAGCACAAAUACUAAAAUUUCUGACUGAGAAGUCAGACUUCUGAUCUUAAGAUCGCACGUUAAUAUUUGUAAAAUACUUAUGAGAGUAUGUUCAGGUGCAGAUAUAUGGAUUAAAUGUUUCUAUUAACUUAUUUUUUAUUUUAUUGCUGUUAUUUACAAUGUUUUUAUUUUAUUUAUAUCAACAUUAUUAUUUAAUUUAUCUAAGAUGGUUUUAAUGAAUAAAAUGAAGUAUUAGCUAUAUAUACGUGUGAAUUCUAGUCCGAAUUUGUCAAAUAAUUUUGCACAGAGUAUUUUUACUCCACGUACAUAAAGAAUGAAAAAAUACAUGAAAAAUUAUAUCGUAAAG